AUGUGCGAUAUUAUACACCGGGUGUAUCCCGGCCAGGCCUACAAAAGCGUGCACGAUGCAUUUGCAAUCGGAACAACGAAGGACAAAGGCUGGAGACGACAGCAGCUCAAGCGUGCAUGGUGGAUGAUCGAAGACAACAAAGACCAGAUUUCCAAUGCUCUAUUCGUCGAUCUCCAUCGACAUCGACAAGAAAGCUUCCUCUCUGACAUCGCCAUGGUACAAACUGAUAUCCUGCGAACCCUCGACCAAAUCGACGAAUGGACCAAAGACGAAAAGCCAACAAGUCGAGAUCUGGUCAAUUUCAUGGGUGGUACCGUCAUUCGCAAAGAGCCAAAAGGUGUAGCACUCAUCAUCGGUGCCUGGAACUUCCCCAUCCUGCUACUUCUCCAACCGAUGGUCGCCGCCCUAGCUGCGGGUUGUGCUGUGAUACUCAAACCAUCAGAUAUGGCACCUGCCACGCAGGAUCUACUGAUGGAGAUUAUCCCAAAGUUCCUGGAUAAGUCCGCCAUUCGGUGCAUUAGUGCUGGUCCGCAGGAAAUGCAGUACAUACUAGAGCAGCGAUAUGACCACAUCUUCUACACGGGCUCUUCUAACGUGGGGAAGAUCGUACAUGCUGCAGCUGCGAAACACCUUACACCAACUACACUAGAGUUGGGUGGUCUUGCGCCGGCAAUUGUUACAGCAUCUGCCAAUAUCGAAUUAUCGGCAAAGCAUAUCGCCGCUACCAAAUUUCAAAAUGCUGGACAGAUCUGCCUGAAUGUAAACCACGUUCUCGUCGAUCCCUCUGUCAAAGAAGCCUUGAUAACUAGCUUGAUCAAGCAUUUCAGUACCUUCAUGGGUAGCAAAGCUCAACCAGAAUACUACACCCAUAUAAUCAACGCACGAAAUUAUGACCGCCUCGACAAUCUUCUCGAAAAUACAAGUGGCCAAAUAAUCUACGGAGGAACCCGUAACCGCGAAACCCGCUUCUUCGCCCCGACAAUAGUCACAAACCUCCAACCCACUGACCCUCUAUUAACAACUGAACUAUUCGGUCCAAUCCUCCCAAUCCUAGACCUGGAUCUGGACAACGCCCUCGCAUUCACAAGAGCAACGGGUAAUCCACUCGCAAUCUACGGCUUCACAGAAGACGAAUCGGAAAAAGAUCGCAUCCUUUCCGAAACCCAGUCUGGCGGCGUGACAUUCAACGACUGCACCCUGCACGUCAUUGCCAAGGAUGCGCCCUUCGGUGGAAUAGGAGGGAGUGGACACGGAUACUAUCACGGUCCGCACGGUAUUCGGGAAUUCUCGUAUCUGAGAACGUAUACGAAUGCCUUCCCUGCUUGGAUGGAGGGUGUGAUGGGUGCAAGAUAUCCGCCUUAUUCGAAUAAGAAGUUAGAGAAACUUGUCCCUGCCGUCAAUCCUGGAUUCGAUCGGGAGGGGAAUGAUGUUUCUCGUGGUAAUUGGAGAAAAUGGGGGUUUAUGCUAGGUGUAGGGCUUUCAAUUGGGAUUGGACUGAGUGAUCAGGGCCGGGCAUUUGUUUUGGGGCUUCUGGAAAAUAUGCUCCAGGCUCUAUAA